GUCCAGCAGAGAGGGAAGUAACGUCUGUGGGAUUUAACGAGGAAAAACUAAAUCUGGAGGCAACCGCAAAUAACUGAAGCGAUCUACCGAAGUCUGCUGGAAACUGUAACUAUCCACUACCUUUGGAGGAAACUAAAACGUACUGGAAAAUGGUCACGAGUGUGCGGAAGUGUGUGUUUACUGAUGUUGUAGUAGCUAGCUAGCCAGGAAGUGCGCCGACCGUUGAAGCAGAUUUGUAUGAAUGGGCGUAGUGUUCAAACGGUGGUACUACAGCUUCCGUGACGUCGUUUUGGCCGAAAUAUACUUUUUUCCAUUGACAUUGGGGAAAGAGACGUCUGUAAAUCAGCGUACACAUUUUUUUUAGCUUAUUAAACUACCCAACUCGAACACUUUCAUGGCCCUUAUUUAAAUAAUUAGGUUCUAAAAAGUUGUAAAAAGCUGAAUUCAGAGUUAUUUUCUCCUUUCCAUUCAGUGAACUAAGUUUGGAGGUGGGUCUUAAGGGAACACUCAAGUGCGCAUGCUCCGUAAGAACGAGGUCCCGGAUGAUCCUGGUUCUUUCUGAAUCUACAGUCGCUGUAUUUUGGGAUUCAUGCGCCACUGAGCAACUCUCAUAGGAGUGAACGGAGUAUCCUGUUUUCUUUCCACAUCCACGGUUGGCCCUGUUAGCUUGUUAGCUUGAAGAAGGUGGACUUCAACAUUUAGUUUGCAGGCAAGUUCAUUAUCUGACAUGCUGCUCGUUGUAUUCUAACAUUGAAAAAAGAAUAGAUUGGUAUCUGUAGCUGUCGACUUUCUGUUUUUCAAACUCGUAGUGUAGGGACUAGUUUUAAAUCCUGUGGGGUCGUGUCACACACAGAUAGCACAUAAGAGAAAACGCAUUUAAGCAACAUUUUGCAGGUAUUUCUCAGACUAUCAGGCACCAAAGCUUCCCUGUGUUUGCCGCUACGGAUGACCCAUAGGUUUGCAACAUUGGACCUGCAACCCGUGCUCCAAAUCGGACCUAGUUUAUCGUCUUCCUCCGCGAUGGGCCCCCUUCUCAGCUAGUGGAAAUCGUCUGAAGCCCUACAACCAUGGGAGGAUGUGUGGGGAGAUACUGGGAAGGCUGGGAGGACACACAGAGCCGAGGGUCCUCCAGGAAUGGUGGACGAGGAGGACGUAACGAGCCUCUGAAGAAAGACCGCCCCAAGUGGAAGAGCGACUACCCGAUGACGGAGGGCCAGCUGCGGAGCAAGAGGGACGAGUUCUGGGACACGGCGCCUGCCUUCGAGGGCCGAAAGGAGAUCUGGGACGCUCUGAAAGCUGCUACUGUGGCGCUGGAGUGCAACGACCACGACCUGGCCCAGGCUAUAGUGGACGGAGCCAGCAUCACCCUGCCACACGGUACUCUCGCUGAGUGUUACGAUGAACUGGGGAACCGCUACCAGCUUCCUGUUUACUGCCUGGCUCCUCCUGUGAACCUCAUCUCAGAGCGCAGCGACGACGACCCCAACGACAGCCCCGAAACACCCUCUGCUCCCAAGAAGGAGUUCCAGCUCAAGGUUCGCCUCUCCACGGGCACGGACCUGCGUCUCAGCGCCUCGAUGGCGGACUCCAUCGGUCUUCUGAAGAAGCAGCUCCACGCUCAGGAGGACAUCGACGCCGCUCACCAGCGCUGGUUCUUCUCCGGGAAGCUUCUGACGGACAAGACGCGGCUGCAGGACACGAAGAUCCAGAAGGACUUUGUCAUCCAGGUCAUCGUCAACCCGCAGGCCCUCGAAGCCCCGAAACUCGACCCCGUGACCCCCGUCACCCCCCCUUCCUCUCCUGUUUCUGAAUAAAGAAGUGGAGGACACUUAAGGACCAGAGGGGGCCCUUCUUUUGCUGGAUUUCUGAUGUUUUUUUGGAGCGAAAACACGAGGGAGAAACUUAAAAAGUGCUGCUUUUCUUUCAUCUACCAUGUGUCAUUGUACUCUAUUUUUUUGUGGGGGUUUCCCACACUAACUCUGGAGAUCCUCGUCCCCCUUGUGUCUUUGAAUCCAUCUUGAAUUAAAAGCAGACCACAUACAGAAAUGUGCUCAUCACUCGCUGCCCUUUUUAUUUGAUCAGCACUAAAACUAACGAAGUGCCAACGGAGGAAAUGCAGAGUGUUGGUUUUAAAGCACAUUUCCACUUUGACUUCCUGACUUCCUGUUUCCUCCACAGACACGGGAAGAACUCUCUCCUCCUCACUUCCUUUUUAUCGAGGAAAUAAUUAAAACUGAGCUUUUUUUGCACAUUCGAAGAUGAUAACUAUACAUUUGUGGUAGUUUGUGUGCCUUCUACAAGAAACUAAAAAAGGGUUGAUGUCCUGAAAGACGCUAGUUUUUAGGCUUAAGCCUCAUGUAUUUUUUUAGAUUAAGGAACUCUUAGAUCAAUCCAAGCUAUAACUGCUGCCUUUUUUUAACAAUUUCAUGAGUCUUGCAGACAAAAUAUCGAGUGUGUGUGCUGGCGGCAAAUAUGUGUGUGUGUCUGGAAUAUGUAUUCAGCCCAUAUUAUACAUUUCAGUAGCUAACAAAGACUGUUUCCUGGUCAUAGCUUUGCAGUCAAAUUGUAUCAUAUUGCAGAGGGAAAGAGGAAUCCCCAAGCAUAAAUGAUGGUCUUAAAAGCUGCAUUAAUGACCACUUAUUGACCCCCGACCACUAGGGGGCAGCAGCACAGCCUAUAUGUAGUCACUUCAGCUACUAAAGGGCCUGUUGUCCCGUUUCCUCACCACCUGAUGAAUGUAAACCCAGUAUUCAUUAGCCUUUUUAAUGCUCAAUAACCUCAUUUGUUCACGCGAUGUUUCUUCACCAGCAUACAGGCAGCUUCUGUGAGUGCGUCUGCCUUCAAGCUUUUAUAUGUGGGAUUUAUCAGCCAUCAGGAGACUCUGUGGAGCGGUGAAUGAAAACAAUGAGCUGGAGGAAAUAAGUGGAGUGAUUAUCAAUGCAACGGGAUGUUUUAACAACCACAGGAAGUCGUUUGUUUUAGUGUUCAUUUCAGAAGUAUAAAAUGCAUUCGAUCGACUUUGACAUGCGUUUUGAACUUAACAGGCUUACCUCUUUUUAAAGACAAGAUCUAUCAACUCACUUUUGAUAUCUAUUAUGAAGCCCUAAGUCAAAAAGCAUCAUCUUAAGUCUGAUCUUAAGUGUUUUCUGUCUUUGGGUCUGACUUCAGAACGGGUUAAAAGAAAGUAGUUUGGUCAGAGAAACUAUUAAUGAUAUAUAUUUAAUUGUGAAAUGGUUGGAAACGGAUGUUUUGGCAGGUGAAUUAUUUCCUCAUUUUGUCAGGUUCUUACAUUGUAUGUUCACAAGUUAUGUUGAAUUACUGAUGCCUUCCUUUCUUAUUCUAUAAAUGUGUUUUAAUCAAGUCAUUUAAAAGCCGUAUUAAAACACAGAUUAGAGGUGCACUUCGGCCUCUUGUGGCCAAAAUGAGUACUGCAAACAAAAGUAUAGUAUUUGUUCUAAAUUCAGGCAAAUGUUUAUUUCCAGAGAAUCGUAAUUUCGCAUUUUAAGGACACUUUAAAUCCCAACUCUGCUUCUUCAACGUCAUGUUAGUGUCAGAUUGAGGUUACAUCCCAGAAUAGAUAUCCAUGCCUUUAGAGAUUUAAGACUGUGUCGUGAUAUAUUUCUCAAAGCUUGAUGUGUUUCCAUCCGCCGCUCCUGUCACACAAUUCUCAAGCAAUCACGGAGGGGUUGAAUUAUCUAAUUUCACAACUUUCUGGUUAUACGAAGCCUUUUGUUUUUGCUUUCCUUGUACAAGUGGUUCUUCUGGGGGAUAUUUUCUAAUCACAAACUUGAAUAAUCAUUUCUCUGUAUAUGUGCAAUACAUUAGACAUAGACCUCAUAUCACUCUAGUUUUGUUCUUCAGGUUACAGACUUCAUGUUAUAGCACCAGCUCUGAGUAUUGUUAAAGUCAAUGUCAAUCUGCAGGUACAGUCCUGCUUCAAUCUGAUGCCUCUGUCACCUCUUUUCAAAUGUUUGUCACUUUUUAAAAUGUUUUUCCAAGCUCUCAUCUUUCACAGAGUUUAUAUCUAAACAUUAAAAAUGCAUACACAACU